CCCAGAUCAGGGUCGAGUGGGCCCUCCGAGUUGUUGUUCACUCACGAACGCGUGUUCCCAGUGUCCUUCUUAGCCAAAAGGAUCUUUCAGACACUGGCGCUAAGAUACCAUGUCAACCUUUACACUUGCACAGGUUGCCGAGUGCAACACCACCAGCUCCUGCUGGGUUAUCAUACGAAAUAAGGUCUAUGAUGUGACAGAUUUCAUUUUCAACCACCCCGGAGGACCACAAGUGAUUAUGGACUACGCUGGGAAAGACGCUACCGCAGCUUUCGUCCCAAUUCACCCGUCCGAUACUUUGGACAAGUACCUUCCAUGUGAAAAACACCUGGGAACCCUUGACGAAGCUUCUAUUCGGGAACUUAGAGCUGCCAACCAGAGCAAAGGAAAGUCUCGAGAUGAGCUUCGAGUUGAGGAAGCUGUCAAGAACAAACCGCCGCUGGGGCGGAUGAUUAAUAUCCAAGACAUUGAGGAGAUAGCCAAGAAAAUUCUUCCCUACAAGGCAAUGGCGUACUACGCUUCUGCAGCUGAUGAUUCGAUCAGUUGCGUGGAAAACGCACGGGCGUUCAGUCGCUUCUUCUUUCGUCCGCGCGUCAUGAAAGCGGUUUCUGGUGUUGAUCCAUCGACAACCAUGCUAGGAUAUAAAUCUUCAAUACCAGUUUAUAUCAGCGGGUCGGCAUUGGCUCGUCUAGGGCACCCAUUAGGCGAAAUGGUCUCGUCGAAUUCCUCCUUGUCUUACGCUCAAAUCGCGGCAGCGCGAGGUUCCUCGGAACAACCAUUAUUAUUCCAGUUGUAUAAACAUAAGAAUGACGACAUUGCAGCAAGACGCAUCAGAGAAGUGGAGGAGCUAGGCUACAAAGCGAUUUGCUUGACAGUUGAUGCCCUUGUGCCUUCAAACCGCGAACUGGAUACCCGUGCUUCACAUUAUCUUGAAGAAUAUGAAAAUGAGGGCAAGAUUACGCGUGGAAAUGCUGCAGACAAGUCAGGGGACGUCAGCACGCUUGGCACGGCUGGAGGUUUGAUUGUCAAUAAUGAUCUAGACAUGACAUGGGAAAAGACUAUACCUUGGAUAAGAAGUGUUACCAAACUCCCUAUUGUCGUUAAAGGUAUCCAAUGUGUUGCAGAUGCUGUUCUUGCCGUUGAGGCUGGAUGCGAAGGUAUUGUGCUGUCGAACCAUGGAGGUUGUUUUUCUUACGUUGCAAGUUCGUUACCUCCCAUGGAGGUGCUUUACAAGAUCCGCUGCGAGCGCCCUGACGUGUUUGCAAAGACCGAAGUUUACAUUGAUGGAGGUGUCCGUCGUGGAACAGACAUCCUAAAAGCUCUUUGUCUUGGAGCAAGGACGGUUGGCCUCGGCCGCGCCUUUCUCUAUGCACAGAGUGCCUACGGAGAAGCUGGAGCCAUUCAUUUAGUGCGUAUUUUGGAACGGGAGAUUAAGUUUGCCAUGGCUUCUCUUGGUGUCCGCACAAUUGAUCAACUUGCCCCGGAACUGGUAGAACGUGUUGACUGGCAACCCCUGGGCUCCAAAUUGUGAAAUUAGCUGUCCAGAAUCUACGUGAAGAUUACACGGUGAGGAUCUCAUGGUCUGAAAAUCACAUAAACAGACUGGCGGAGGACGUCAUUCUCGUGGAAGGCACUAGUCACGGACCUAAUUGUGGCGGAGUUUUGAGGUUGUAGGCACGUUGAGAUAGUAUGGCGCCCUGAGCUCGAGGUCUUUGCGUAGUCAACACUUGGAAACCAUCUCUUGGCCACUUACUCGAUUACAUAACGGAUCGGUGCAGUGGUUGACAUUGUUCACGUGACACAUCACGCGAGAGGUUUGCCUGAAUUUCAACUUGGUGAAUGACCUCUGCCAUCUCUUCC